AUGGCCUCCGACACCAAGUACGACUCCCGCCUGGAAGAGGGACUGCUGCCUAUCGACGAGAAGAGGGAUUCUACCAUUUCCAGACCGUCCAAGGAACCUACCAAGAAGAUGGCUGGGCCACGCCGUGUCCUGCUCGGCAUUGUUGUGUGCGGCUUGAUGACCCUAAGUCUUGCUUCAGUCAUCGGUCACCGGGGCAUGCCUUGUGCAAGGGACCAUCACACCAAAGCCCAGGUUGUGAUCAGUGAGGAAGACCUCAACAACCCUGCCAAGGCCGAUCUCCUCCACAAACUGCUCCAUGCCUACUUCCCAGACAGGUAUCAGGAUGGCGUAUACGCCUCUGAUAAGGAAGCUUUGGAGGCUGUCCAGGCUGAUGAUGCCGACCUAGCCUCUGCCUUGCUCCAGCUGGCCAAGCGUCAGGACAACACCACGACCUCUGCUGCUACCGAGGCUUCCCAGACGCCUUCCGCCAGCGUAGCCGCCACAACAUCUGAGUCCGUGGCCAACACGCCGACCUCAGCCCCGGCUACAUCCGCCGCUGAGCCUACCACAUCUGCUGCUCCCGCAGAGACGACUACAUCCCAGGCACCGGCCGUCCAGACGACCACGACCACGACCCAGCAGCCGCAGGAAACCACUACCCCUCAAACCACCACCGUUCCGGCUCAGGAGACGACUACUACGACACCGGCAACUUCAGCAGCAGCCCCUACUACUGGUACGUCACAAACGGAGCAGGCUACUUCUGCUGCUCCUGAUACUACUACUACUACUACUGCCGGGCCGCCGUCCGCCUCUUCUGAGAUUCAGACGACGACUCGGUCUACGAGUGCGUCCGCGUCGGGUACGUCUACCUCCUCUCCUCCCGAGACUACUACGGCCGUGACAUCCUCGUCCCCCAUGACCUCGAGUGCGCCUUCGUCAUCCUCUGUGUCCGAAUCUGAGCAAAACACUCGGGAGACCACCACCGCGACCACCUCGCGCAGAACCACCACCUCGUUCAGCAACGUCCUCUCCACUUUCACUUCCACCGCCUCCAAUGGCGACGUCGUGCUCGUGACGGCAACCUCCGUCGUCGCCGUGGCCCCCGACGCCGAGCCGACUUCCACCUCCGGAAGCGGCGGCGGCGGCGGCCUUCAGAACGGUGCCGUCCCCAUCGGCAGCGUCUCCUUCGGCGUGCCCGUCGCUCUCGCCGGAUUCGUCGCCGGCGCCAUGCUUUUGCUAUAA